UACAAAAAUAACGUUAAUAUAUUUUUAUUUAAACAUUUAAGUUAAUAAAAGCUUAUAGAAAUGGCGGAAGGCACUUAUGAAUAUGAAUGCAUGAGAGCUGAAUUGCUAGGUAUUGAUAAACCAAAUCAAGAAGAAUUCGAAAAACAGCGUACUGAACGCCUCAAACAAGAACAAGAGGAACAGGAUGCUGCUGAGGCAGAACUUUUGACACAGCAAGAGGAAGGCUUGAAAAAUACAGGUGGUAAAUUAGAUGAACUCAAUAGUAUUCUAUCAUCCACACAGCAAAAAAUUAAUCGAUUUAAGCAAAGUGCUUGUGGCAGUUUGUCGAAUAUAUUCAGUAGAGGUGGCUCUGUGGACGUGGCAAGUGAUGCUACGCCAAGUACUUCGAAUACAGCCAGUCGACGCAAUACUACGGCAAGUGGUGAAGGUUUGAGGGAUUCCACUGAUAUUAAUACGGCCUUAAACAAUUUAGACGAAAUGGCACAGAAUAACAGUAAUGCUGAUAUACAGCCUGUAAUUCCAACUGAAAAGAUACGUAAUGCUAAAAUGGAUAUACAAAAGAAAAUGACAUCACAUUUAGAUAAGCUGGAUUCUUUGCUUAAUAAAGCUGAACAUGCUGAAAUCUCUAUGACGGAACAAACUAAAGAAAUGCGUAGAAUGGCAAAGUAAAAAGUGAAUGGAUCACAAUCAAAUAAGGAACAAUAUCAAUCAUUACACGUCUAGUGCUUUACUAAUAAGAAGAUACACGAAUUUUACUUAAAAGGAUCUAUAUACGUAUCAUAUCUUACAUUAUAAUGUGUACACGCUAACUAAAGUUACCUUUUUAACAUUUGUUGUUAUUGUAGCCCAAAGUAAAGAUACAUCUAUUUUUGCGUUAGAUGCCUCCUAUUUUUGUUGAUAAUCUGUUAGAGGAGCUAAAAUAGAUAUAUAAAGUCAUAAGUUAUUGAACAUUCCGAGACAUCACGUGAAACUAUUUUUAGAUUUUUAUAUUGAGUGUUACACGUUUAAGUUUCUCUUACAGAGAUAUUAAUUUUUUUCGUGAAAUUAACCAUGUAUUCAUUACCACCGCAACGUUAUAAUAUAACACCAACUUAUAUAUUUUUUGAAAUAUACAUUAUGGUUGAUGUGAUAGUACAUAUGUAGUUUGUCGAAAGUUAAAACAAUUCAAUAAUAUAUAACUCAAUUUUUUAUAUGUAUUAAAUUUGAUUCACUAUAUGAAUCCCAUCGUUAAAGUAAAAGUGUUCCAAUACGCAAUAUACCUGCAAAUCACUUGAAAUAAAAUAAAAUAUUAUAUAUACAUAUACCUAACAAUGCUCAUGUCGUGCCAAGAACAUGUAUUAUGAUUUUGUCGACAAAAUAAAUUACAAUAGUUCACAUAUUAGAUAACAUAAUCCACUCUAAUAUAUUUGAGACAAGUAUCUAAUAUUUUUCGCUUUUGUAGAAUGGAUAUUAAGAUGUUUGAAAACGUCCUCUAUUCCUAACAACAUAUGAAAUAAUACAAAAACGUUAAUAAAAAAAAUAAUAAUCAACUCCUCAUCCAAUAAUAAACAUUAUUAAUUAAAAAUAAUCUUUUUUUAAAUAUUUCACAACAAAUCAACAAAGUAAGCGGAUAAAAAUCUUGAAGUUGUUAAAAAUCGGAAUCUAAUUUUAAUUUCUGUCAAGAACAAAUUUGAUUUCCUGCAAAACUAAAAAAUAUAAUUUUUCAUUUACUUUAGAGCUAGUUCAGAAAUCUGCUAUCGUUAUGG